AUGAAGGGAACCUCACCUACCAGCAGCCUCCUGCUGCUAUUGUUGCUGAGCCCAGACCCUGGAGCAGCAUUGCUACUGCCGCCCAGCACUACCUGCUGUACUCAGCUCUGCAGAAAGCCACUAGACAGCAUGCUGAGGAAGGUCAUCCAGGCGGAACUGCAGGAGGCUAAUGGGGACUGUCACCUCCAGGCUUUUGUGCUUCACCUGUCUCAAUGCAAUAUCUGCAUCCAACCCCAGAACCACAGCCCUUCGUGGUUUAAGCGCUGAGGGAAAAGGUUCCAGGGUACUCUGCCCAACCUGAAUUGGGGGCUGACAGAGAAAAUGGACCUGGGCUCCCAGUAG